AUGUCAGCUAAUCUGGGAUACUUAAAAUCUCAAUUGAGUAAUAGAAGAUCUGGAAUUGGUACUUCUGAUAAUAAGAAAACAUCUAGUAAGAAGGAUGACUUUAUCAAAGCAAACAAGAUAUACGCACAUCAGCAUGAAAUUGAAAAGCAACAAAGGAUGGAUAGAAUGUCCAAACGACGUGGAGAUGACUCUAGAUUAACUGAAGCGCAAGAUGAAGCCCGAAAGCAGAAAAUGAAGGAGGGUAUCGAUAGAUACAACGCUUUACGAUCUAAUCAAGCUAAACCCACAAACGAGGAGAAAGAAUUAUUGCAAUUUGAUGGUAAUUAUACGUCGGAUUCAUCAGAAUAUGAUUCAGAAGUUGAUGCUCUCGACGAGCUCACAGAAGGAGAGGAUGAAUGGGGGAGAACAGUUAUGAUAUCUAGGAGGGAGAAAGAAAUGCUUGAUCCAUUAUCAAAGAGAACACAUAGAGUUAAAGGUGAAGCAAUAUAUGGUGAUAAAUUGAAAGGUGAUUGGCAUGUAUACGAGCAAACAGAAGAAGAAAGGGAGCGCUUCAAAGCUCACUAUUCAGAUAAAGGAUAUAUCCGUGACCCCACCAAAGAGAAAGAUCAACGACACAGAGGUGCUCUUUACUACAAAUUCGGGGAUAGCUCUGUGAAACAACAACAGAUAGAUGAACUUAAGGCGUUGCAUGACGAAACGAUGAACAAACGAAAUCAAGGCGUCUAUUCAUAUAGAGAGGCAAGAAAAAAACUAGUAAAGGAAUACGACCCUAAUGGCAUGCUGGAUACAACACAAACUGACAACUUUAUAGAAGAGGCUAUAAAUACAUCUGGAUAGUAAUACAACAUAAUACAAGUUAAUAAGACAUUGAAUCUAUAUAUUGCUGAUAAUAACUAAGUUCAGCUUCAUUAACUACUAAGUGAUCAGCUUCUAGGUAUUCUCUAUACUCGUUUGAGUCUAUAUCAUUGAAAAUUUUAUUUUCAUAAUCAGUGUAACUAUGAAUGUAAUAAUUAGCUAUUUAUUUUGUAAAUAGAACAUAUACUUACUCUUCAUACUUGA